UCAUAACCAUUUAGUAUAGAAUCGAAUCGAUCAGCAAGAACAAUUGCAAAUCUAAAUAAGUGCUCAAUUCUUAAUUGAAAUGGCAAAGUUUGUGGUCCUUUUAUUGGCGAUCGUAGCAAAUUGUAUAAGUCACACUACUUCAUUCGGUGUUCUUGGAGUUGGAAAAAAAAUUACUGGUGGAUUUGGUGUUGGUUUUGGAGCAGGGCAUGAACGUAGAAGUGACGGUCAUGGAGAAGUCGGUGUUCAUGUAGAAAAGAAUGUAUUUGGACUCAAUGAACAAGCAGGAGUUGGAGUUGGAAGUGAUGGGCAGGUCAAUGCAGGGUUUGGCAUUGGGUUUGGAGGAAGACAUGAUGGUAGAGGACAACUGGAUAGCGACAGUCACAGUGCAGUAGGUGUUGAUGUAGAAAAGGAGAUGAAUAGUGGAUAUCAGGGGCAAGGAGACGUUGGAGCUAAAGGUGUUGCACAAAUAGAUAAUCAAAGUCAAAGUUCAGUCGGUACUGUUCUUGGGGCUGGAAAAAGAAUUACUGGUGGAUUUGGUGCUGGUGUUGCCCACGAGCGUAGAAGCGACGGUCAUGGAGAAGUCGGUAUUCAUGCUGAAAAGAAUGUAGGGCUCAAUGAACAAGCAGGAGUAGGUGUUGGAAGUGAUGGACACGUCAAUUUAGGUUUUGGCGUUGGGUUUGGAGGAGGACACGAUGUUAAUGGACAACUCGAUAGCAACAGGCACAGUUCAGUAGGUGUUGAUGUAGAAAAGAAGAUUACCACUGGACUUCAGGGACAGCUCGAUAGUGACAGUCAUAGUUCAGUAGGUGGUGACGUAGAAAAGAAGAUUGACAGUGGACUUCAGGUGCAAGGUGGAGCUGAAGGUGAUGCACAAAUAAACAAUGACAGUCAAGGUACAGUCGGUACUGUUUUUGGGGCUGGAAAAAAAAUUACUAGCGGAUUUGGUGCUGGUGUUGGUAUAGCCCACGAGCGUAGAGGCGACGGCCAUGGAGAAGUCGGUAUUCAUGCUGAAAAGAAUGUACUUGGGCUCAAUGAACAAGCAGGAGUUGGAGUUGGAAGUGAUGGACAGGUCAAUGCAGAUUUUGGUGUUGGGUUUGGAGGAGGACACGAUGUUAAUGGACAAAUCGAUAGCGACAGGCACAAUUCAGUAGGUGUUGACGUAGAAAAGAAGAUUACCACUGGACUUCAGGGACAACUCGGUAGUGACAGUCAUAGUUCAGUAGGUGGUGACGUAGAAAAGAAGAUUACCACUGGACUUCAGGGACAACUCGGUAGUGACAGUCAUAGUUCAGUAGGUGGUGACGUAGAAAAGAAGAUUAACAGUGGACUUCAGGUGCAAGGUGGAGCUGAAGGUGAUGCACAAAUAGACAAUCACAGUCAAGGUUUAGUCGGUGCUGUUUUCGGAUUCGGAAAAAAAAUUAAUAGCGGAUUUGGUGCUGGUGUUGGUGUAGCCCACGAGCGUAGAAUCGACGGACAUGGGGAAGUCGGUAUUCAUGCUGAAAAGAAUGUAGGGCUCAAUGAACAAGCAGGAGUUGGUGUUGGAAGUGGUGGACAGGUUGGAGGAGGACACGAUAUUAAUGGACAACUCGAUACUGACAGUCAUAGUUCAAUAGGUGGUGACGUAGAAAAGAAGAUUAACAGUGAAAUUCAGGGACAAGGAGACGUCGGAAUUGAAGGUGAUGCACAAACAGACAAUCGCAGUCAUGGCUCAGUCGGUACUGUUUUCGGAUUCGGAAAAAGAAUUUCUGGCGGAUUUGGUGUUGGAGCUGGAGCAGGGCACGAACGUAGAAGCGACGGUCAUGGAGAAGUAGGUCUUCAUGUCGAGAAGAAUGUAUUUGGACUUAAUGAAAAUGCAGGAGUUGGAAUUGGAAGUGAUGGAAAAGUCAAUGUAGGAUUUGGUAUUGGGUUUGGAGGAGGUGCUAGUGGUGGAGCUAGAAGCAGUCACAGUUCAGGCGGACUUUACCGUAUCGGCUAAAAAGUCGAUUUUGACAAUUCUUCGAAACUUUACCUUUUACGAAUCACCAAACUCUAUUUUAAUCAAAUAAUUACUUUACAAGGCUUCGAUUUUCUUUUAAAAAUAAAUUUAAAAAAUUGAAAAACUAAAUCUACUUUAAAAACGCCAGCUUUACCUAAAUGUUUAUCGACUAAAUAUUAAGGUUAGAUUUCGACCCACAGUGAAUUUUAUGUAUAAAAAAGUCAUUGCAUUUCGGAGGCCGUAUAUUGUGUUAUAAGUGUUGUAAUGUUGAUUUUCUCAUCACUAGACCUAAGUUUGGGUCGUGUGCUGAAAAAAUCUCAUGUCCACAAGUGUAACACGUCAUGGUUUGUGCCAACCGAGAAUUGAAAUAGACAAAAGCACACAAACAACUAUUUUCUCCUAGAAUAUUAUUUUGAGUCGAACUUAUGAAAAAGCCAUGAUCUAAUUUUAUUAAUUGAUUUUACCGUCAACUACUAUCUACUAUUAAAUAAACGUUUUUCUAUUCAUAAUCUCUAGUUGACUUUUAAAAAAUUACUUUUAUGUCGCAACUGUUCUCAUUGAUUAGUAUAUUUACUAUGAAUUUACAAGGAAAUCGAAAUUAAAGCUUAUCACAUUA